AUGUGCACAAACUUUGCCAAGUUCAUUCGUUCAUGUCUUGCAAAGUUUUUUUCCAUACUUUUUUGUUGGAUACUCCUGCGUGACAACUGCCGCGCCAUACCCACGUGCCAUGACAACAUGUUCGCUCUCUCGCCCACGGAACUACAAGCGGCCAUGCAGGCUGACGUGGAAGCCGGGCUGGUGCCACUUUUCUUGUGCGCGACGCUGGGGACGACCCAGACGACCGCCGUUGACCCCAUUGGCAAGCUAUGCGCUGUCACGACACCACACGGCGUGUGGGUGCACAUGGACGCCGCCUACGACGGCUCCACGCUGGUCUGCCCGGAGUUCACCCACGUGAUCGAUGGCGUGGACGACGUCGACUCGUUUAGCAUGAACGCCCACAAGUGGCUCCUCACCAACAAUGACUGCUGCGCCAUGUGGGUGAAGAAGCCGAGCGCCAUGGUGGCGGCGCUCGGUCCGGAGCAGGAUUUGGUCCUCAAGGACGCGGCAUCGGAGGGGCACAACGUGGUCGACUACAUGGACUGGACCAUGACGCUGACCCGCCGGUUCCGCGCGCUUAAGAUGUGGCUCGUGCUCCGCUGCUACGGCAUCAAAGGCCUGCGUGACCACAUCCGCAAUCACGUCCGCAUGGCCGAGGCGUUCGAGAAGAUGGUCAAGGCCGACGAAAGGUUCGAGGUGGUGACAGACCGGAAGUUUGCGCUGGUGUGCUUCUGGCUCCGGUCACAGGACAAAUUCGGCGGCGCCGACAAGCAGGCGGCCAACCGGCUCAACCGUCGUGUUCUUGAGGAGGUGAACGCUGCCACCUCGGGCCCAUACAUGAGCUCUGCAAACGUAAGUGGCAUGUUCAUACUAAGGUGUGCCAUUGGAAGCACACUCACAGAGGACCACCACGUGAGCGAUUCAUGCAAGGUUGUGCAGAAUCAGGCCAUCAUAAUCCUUCGUAAAUAA